AUGAAGCGACAUCAGAGUGUUUUCCAAGACAAACGGAAAGCGAAGAAGCAACUCACACAAGAGGAAGUUCGAGUGAAACAAUGGUUCAACGAGAGAGCACGACAGAAAAAGGAUAUCUUCAACAUCAACAACGACGACGAACAAGAAGAAACAUUUACCCAUGGAGGUGAAAGUCUCUCCACCACCAAAUAUGGGUACAUCGAUGUUCCCGAGAACGUCGACCAAGACGUCGAGGCUGAACAGGUUGAUCUUCAAACUUCCAAUCGCCCCGACACACGGGGACGGUAUGAAAUCAUGAUAGAGAAUUCGAAGAUGCGAAAAGAGGAGAAACGUGUCCAACGCGAUCAACAGGAAACUCGUCUCGAUUACUUGGAUAAGAACUUGGACGAGGUCUAUUCAAUUGCAAACCCACGACAGAGAGGCGACGACAACGAAGGUGAUGACUAUGCAAUCCUCUUGCAAAAAAUGAUCAGCGACAAAACAAGAUCUACCGCCGAUCAGGUAGAACAAGACACCGAAGAGGCGCGGAUAAAGAAGAUCCAGCUCGAGGUCUCCAACAUUAAAGAGCGUAACGCAAAGAUAUUCGAGGGCGCUUUUCUGUCCCGUCAUAAGGUGUCGGGGAACACCACGGAGGAAUUUGCGGACGUCGACGAUAUGUUAGGGAAAAUCGAGGAUGAAGAUAUCGUUGAUGUUAUCUAUAAAAUCGGAGAUGGGUAUAACUGGGGAGCCAAAGUUGAUGAUCAGGAAACACUUGCGAAACAAGCUGGAAUUGUUUUAGAUGGAGUUGAGGAAUUAGGAGUUCUGAAAGCGACUCAAGGCCUUCAAGCAUUUGUUGGGGAGAUUUUGAAUCGUCGAGAAGAAAUGAUGAGUAUUGUUAUUGAUAAUGUUUUUCAAAGUGUUCAUUGGGAAGAGGACGAAAAGACUAUAAAACAAUUGGCGGUUUUGAUGCGAGUUUGGUCAACGUCUGACUUUGGCUCGAUGAUUUUAAUGAAAAUUAUGGACUUUUUGGGCGGACUUUUUACGGGAAUUGCAGUCGGAAAGAGAUUACCGUUACAGUGUGCCGGGGCGAUCUUGUUGUCAGAAGUGUGCGAAACAAAAUUUUUACCGGAGUUUUUUAAAUUUCUGAGAGAGGCGUUUGAACUGGUAAAAGAAGCCAAGACGGGAGAGCUUGUCAAGUUUGAUUCGGCUUUGAAUCUGGAAGGUGAGGAACUGAAAGGAUAUGCAAAGAGAGUUGUGAUUGAGAUAGUGACACGAAUUGUCAAAACGAAAAGAACUGAAAAUACGAUUCGCAAUGCGAUUUUCAAGAUUGUGGAUGAGAUGCGGGAGAUUGAUGGGUGCGAAACGAUCAUCGCGGAGUGGGAUAAAAGCGAUGAGGAUCUUGGAUUUACAUUCACAAUUGUCCCACGCACCCCUGUACCGAUGAUUAGAAUGUUCAACCCAAGAAUCAACACGACGGACCUUCUCAAAGAGCGCAAAGAAGUCAAGAAAAAGCUCAAGAAGGAAACAAGAAAGGCACAGAAGAACGAGGAAAUUAUCACCGACCACGUGGUCAAACAAAAACAACAUGAAGAAAACAUCCAACGCGAAAAGCAGAAGAAGGCUUACGGUCUUAUUAUUAACGAGCUUCAGCAACAGGCGAACGAAGUUAAGGAGAUGCAGUAUCAAUCGUUUGCCGGGCCUGAUAAGUUUGGGAGAAAGAACAAAAAGAACUUCAGAAAGAAAAUUAAGUAUUGA